UUGGGUCUUGAUGUUCUGCAUGAAUGCAUUCUUGAAACAUGUCCUCUGGAAUUUAUAGGUUUGGUGACAUCAAUGUUAUUAUAGAAAGAAAGCAUUUUGUACUAUCUUUCGUGUUCUCUGCUAGAAUUGCCGUGUGUCUGGUGAUAUGCAUAGUAAGUUGACCAUUGGUUGGAUCUUUGCAAGGACGAUUUUCGAGUCCCUAAAUUCAUAGUUGGAUAGGAAUUUGUGCUUCCGAUAACGAGUUUCUGAAAGUUUGUUAUCCGAGGAUGUUGGAAGGAUGUAUGCUCGGAUUGGAAGGUUCAUCAAUUUACACCGAGAUCUUAACAGCAUGGUGGUUAAUUUGGCUGUUUUGAAUAUGCACCAGGGAUAUCCAACAGCAACCAUGAUGCGCUAUCUUAAAGCUAGAGACUGGUGUGUUCCUAAAGCAUACAAGAUGCUGGUGGAUUGCUUAAAUUGGAGGAUACAAAACCACAUUGAUGAUAUCUUGAAAAAACCAAUAAUUCCAGCAGAUUUAUAUAGAGCAGUCCGUGACUCGCAACUUGUAGGAUUAUCAGGAUACUCUAAGGAGGGCCUUCCUGUUUUUGCAAUAGGUGUUGGACUCAGCACAUUAGACAAAGCAUCGGUGAAUCAAUAUGUGCAGUCACACAUUCAAAUUAAUGAGUAUCGAGAUCGUGUGAUAUUGCCUAAUGUAACAAAGAAGUACGGGCGGCAUAUUGGAAAAUGUGUUAAAGUCUUGGAUAUGACUGGUCUGAAGCUUUCAGCAUUGAGCCAUAUCAAGUUAAUGACCAUCAUAACAACUAUUGAUGACCUAAACUAUCCGGAGAAGACACAAACGUAUUAUGUAGUUAACGCUCCAUAUGUAUUCUCAGCAUGUUGGAAGGUUGUGAAGCCUCUUUUACAAGAAAGGACAAGAAGGAAAAUACAAAUACUGCAAGGUUGUGGCAGAGAUGAGUUGUUGAAGAUAAUGGAUUAUGAUUCUCUUCCCCACUUCUGCCGAAGAGAAAGUAAUGGGUCAUCUCGGAUUUCGUCUGCUGGAGCUGAUGACUGCUACUCCUUGGACCAUCCUUUCCACCAACAGCUCUACAACUACAUCAAGCAACAAGCAUUAAUCCAGGAAUAUGCCACACUCCGGAAGCAAGGACGCUUCAACAUAGAAGUGCCUAUAGCUGACACUGAGGGAACAAAAGUGGUCAAGAAAUUAGAAUCUGAACUCCAUAAGGUCAGGGAUCACAGUGGUCUCACUCACCCACUGAAUUGUCUUCAUAUCAGUGGUGCCUAAAGAUGCCACUGGUCUAGGCAACUACUUCAAGCUGCACUGCAGUUUUGUCCUGCUUUUGUAUUGCAGCAGGUCAUCCAAUGCAGCAAAUAUGUGGCUUCAACAAAAUGUGUUUUUUUUUUUCCUUAAAAAGAGUAUUUAAGGUUACAGUAGCAAGUCCUUGCAAUUGUGGUGCAAGAUUUGAGGAAGUUGAAGCGGGCAAAAGCCUUCUCCUUUAAUCCAGUGGGAUAGGACGAAGGGUUGAACUCAUCUGAUUCUAUUCUCAUAAAACAGCAUCAAGAUCUUUGAGUAUCAAAGGAUGAUACACUGUAUAUGUGGAAUCUAUUUGCAUUCCAAAUAAAGCAAAUUGUUCCAAUGAGAUGAAAAGUAGACAAUUAUCAUCUCAUGUGUCGCAUAUGUAUUUCUGAACAGAACUUUCACCUAUGUAUGAUUUAUUUCUCCCAGAUCUACCAAAUCCCUGGUGAUCCUACUGCUUUCAGAUGUAAUGCUUUCUCCUCCUCUUUUUUCCACUCUGUAGAGAAUCCUGUAAUAAAUUAGAUGUUUUGGAUAA